AUGGCAGUGCUCAAGACAGUCGGCGUCGGCGUUUUCGCGAUGCUCGCCUUCUACCUCACCUGGUGGAUGUGCGUCACGCUCGCCACCAGCUCCCUCCUCUACCUCACAUCGCUCGACGCGACGCCGCUGUCCGCAGCGAUCUGGGGCGGAGCCGUGCUGCUGCUCGCUGCGGUGCUCUACUACAUCUUCUACCCAGAGGGGCAGAAGCUGCGGUCGGACGUGCUCAAGGCGCCCGGGAGCAAAACGCCGCCCGCCGCCGCCCGCGAGAGGCCGCCUGCCUGGCAGACCGCGCGAGAGAGAGCCAAGCUGGAGGUGAUCGGCGCGGGCGGCGCGGUGCCGGCCGACGCUGCGGCGCUGACCGACUGGAGCGAGCGCGACGUGCCGGGGGCCGUGCUGCGCUACAAGGGAUGA